AUGGGUGGGCUUUGCUCGAGAAGGUCCACUGACGACACUGCAUUGGCUGACGCACUUUCACACGUCAAUGGCCGAUUGAGCUACGGCUCUGGAAUUAUUUAUCAGGCUCGUGUAUUGGACACGAAAGAAGAUAAUAAUACACCCUCUGACGUGGAAAUCAGUGAUAGGGAAUCGAGAGAGCCAUUCUCCUACCCGGCGAAUUUUGACGAAUUUAAUGAUGGUAUACCUCGUCUGUCGAGGGCAUUAUCGGAUAAAUCUCGAUCGACGAGAUCAAAGCAAGCCGCCAUUGCUAAGGUCUCGGAGGUGAGUUCAAUUUUGGGCCGAGCGGGCACAGUUGGCCUCGGCAAAGCAGUUGAUGUGCUGGACACGCUUGGUAGCAGCAUGACUAAUUUGAACCUUAGCGGUGGUUUUGCAUCCGGGAUAACUACUAAGGGUAUUGCAAUCUCGAUUCUUGCAUUUGAGGUGGCAAACACGGUCGUCAAGGGAGCUAAUUUGAUGAACUCCCUUUCGAGCGAGAAUAUUCGGCAUUUAAAAGAGGUUGUGCUCCCUUCUGAAGGCGUGCAACGAUUGAUAUCAAGGGACAUGGAUGAACUCCUAAGAAUUGCUGCACUUGACAAGAGGGAUGAGUUGAAAGUCUUUUCUGGUGAAGUCAUUCGUUUUGGGAAUCGCUGUAAGGAUCCCCAGUGGCACUACUUGGACCGUUAUUUCGAGAAAAUUGAAAUGGAGCUCACGCCUCUCAAACAGUUGAAAGAAGCAGCAGAAGCUGAUAUGCAUCAGUUGACGACGUUGGUUCAGUACACGGCUGAAUUGUACCAUGAAAUGCAUGCACUGGACAGAUUUGAACAGGAUUGUAGGCGCAAGGCUCAAGAAGAAGAGAACUCGAGUUCUGCACAGAGAGGAGAAAGCCUCGCAAUUUUACGUGCAGAGCUGAAAAGCCAAAAGAAACAUGUAAAGAGUUUGAAGAAAAAGUCAUUGUGGUCUAAGGUCUUGGAGGAGGUAGUGAUGGAGAAGCUUGUGGACAUAGUUCAUUUCCUGCAUUUGGAGAUCCAUUCGGCAUUCGGUAAUAGUGAUGGAAAAACUCCAGCAAAAUACCACCACGAGAGAUUGGGAUCUGCUGGGCUUUCGUUGCACUAUGCAAAUAUCAUCAACCAAAUAGAUACGCUCGUAACGAGAUCUAAUUCGGUGCCGCCGAGCACUAGAGAUGCUCUGUAUCAGGGACUGCCACCGACUAUAAAAUCUGCUUUGCGUUCCAAAUUACAAUCUUUUCAGCUAACGAAAGAGUUAACGGUCCCACAAGUCAAAGCAGAAAUGGAGAAAACACUUCAAUGGCUGGUCCCCAUGGCCACUAAUACAACCAAGUAA